UGGUACACUCGACUUUGUUACCCUCCGGAAAUCACGUGUCUAGACUCCUGCUAUCCUAUGCACCUGCUGAGGCGAAAAAGGAUCGGAGAGUUUUGAUGCUUCGGGAGAGUGGUCUGUCUGUCAGGAGCGCCGCAGAAGUUAUUUUUUCAACCGAGUAUUAAAGGAAAAGUAUUGGAAUAGAUAAAGGAAUGGAUUUCUCGAUAUCCCACCUCUGCUCUGUAUUGAUUAUUCUCAUUGCAGGUGUAGCCCAUUGCCUGGAGAUCACGUCCCAGGGGCCCACGUCCAUAGAGAAGGCCAGCAGUGAGAGCGUCAAGCUGGACUGCCAGUUCUCUCUGGCCCCCGAGGACUCUGGCCCCCUGGACAUCGAAUGGAGCCUGCUGGCCUCUGACAACCAGAAAGAGGAUAAAGUGGUGAUCCUAUACUCUGGGGACAGGGCCUAUGAGGACUACUACCCUGCAGUGAAGGGGCGAGCCCACUUCAACUCAGCCGACCCGAAGAAUGGUGACGCUUCCAUCAACUUGACGGGUCUGAAGUCUAGCGACACUGGGACCUACCAGUGCAAGGUGAAGAAGGCCCCGGGCAUCCGCAGCAGGAAGAUGCUGCUGACUGUCAUGGUGAGGCCGUCCAAGCCCAGAUGCUCUGCCGACGGCCCCACCCUGGAGGGUACGGAUGUGGUCCUGAGGUGUACGUCCAGUGAGGGUACCAACCCCCUGCAGUACACCUGGGAGAAGACCAGCGACAACAAACUGCUGCCUGCCUCCGCCGUGCUAGACCCUGUGGGAGGCACCAUGAAUGUAAGGAACGCGUCCACCAGCUCCUCAGGAACCUACCGCUGCACAGCUAAGAACCACGUGGGCAUGGAGGAGUGUAUUCUACAGCUUGGCAUCACUCCCCCCCCCAACACUGCUGGUAUCAUAGCUGGAGCCAUCAUUGCUGUUCUGCUGGCCCUCAUCAUCAUCGCCAUCAUCCUCUUCUGCUGCUGCCGCGCCCGCAACAGGAAGAAGUACGAGAAGGAGAUCUCCUACGAGAUCAGAGAGGACGUCCCCCCUCCGAAGAGCCGCGUAUCGACGGCCCGCUCCUUCACCAGCGUGGGCAGCCAGCGCUCCUCCCUGGGCUCCAUGUCCCCCUCCAACCUACACGAGUACGCCCUCAAGCCCCAGUACGACAAAAUCCCCUCCGUGGAGGAGUAUGAGAGGCCCCCCAGCCACGCACCCCUGCCCCCACCCGUCGCCAGCAAGAUGGCCGGCCCCAACCUCAGCCGCAUGGGCGCCAUCGCCGUCAUGAUCCCCGCCCAGAACAGGGACGGCUCCAUUGUGUAGUGGAAAGAAACAGAAAGAUGGAGGGAAAGACCGGGGGACACUAGCCAGAGAGGUGGGGUGGCUGGGCUGGGGGACUGUGCUGGGCAGCCAGAUUCUACCCUCUACCACGCACCACCAACUGGGACCCCCACUCUGCUCUGCUUUAUGGAGGUUUGGGUGUGGUGUUGUACUGAGGAGAAAAGAGAAGCAGUAUUGUACCAUGUCACCCACUAUGAACUAUUUACUGUUGCUUUUAUGAAUUUUACUUCCUGAACUUUCUCACACAUGACAAUUAUGAAUUCUUAGGCUGGGUACAUUUUAAUGGUCAAUUCACACAGGUUUCUUUGUACAUAGUUGAAUGCAUGAUGUUUUUUUUUAUCUAGCCGGCCCUGUGCAUAGAGAGUUGUGUUCAGAGCGGACCAAGGUCUCUGAUUGGCCUGUUGUGUACCAUGUAGAGUAUUACAGCUUGACUUGUAUGUUUCUGGGAAAUGUACAGUUCUACUCUACUUUCUUUGGAUGAAAUACUCACGGAGUGAUCAGACAUGUUUGAUCAAUUCACUUCUGUAACACACAGCUUAUCUCAAGAAUAGGGGUUGCCGAAGGGAUUUUAGAGUUCUGCUUUUCAAAAUAAUGAUUUGUCAAGUAGUUACCUUUUUAAAGAUGUUCAUUCCAUUGGUUGGACUGUGGCUGAUGUCAUGGCCAUGUUUGCCAGCCCUGAGAGAAAUUGGGUCAGCUGGUUAUUUCGACAGUUGACCGUUUUGAAAUGUCCAGCUUGGUCUGGAGGGGACGGGUGGACAGGGUUGGCUAAUGACCCGGAAGGGGGAGUUCAGACCUCCACAUGUUGUGAUUAGUGUAUUGUCUCUUUGCCCGGGUUUACAGCCCACCCCUCAAGUUCCUACAACAGGCAGUGUUUUGAAAGUGAGGUUCACUGAACAAUCAUAUUUGAUUGUGUUUGACUGCCACCAGCCCCUCUGACCCCGCCAGUACACCCCUUCCUAUCCCCUACACUGUAUGGUAUUAUUAACCCGCUCUGGUGUUUAACCAUCAAACCCCUGAACAAAAUGGUACAUUUGUAACUGCACACUCAGGAUUCAAUAUCUCGAUGAAACAAAUUUCUCAAUGGUCAUUAUGAAGUCAAAAAUGUUUAGUGGUUCAUUCAUGCACCUCUAUUCAUAAAGGAUGAAGUAUGUACAGUAUAGUAAUUUACAUGAUAUAUGGAAGGAAGUGAGUGUUGAGGGGAAGAAGAUAUUAGAAUACUGAGCCACGGGUGUUAGGUGUCUGCUGCACCAACAGCACAGUAAACUCUGUUUUCCAGGGUGUCUAUAAUGCACCCAUGCUCUCUCACUCUGUCACAUACUCACAGCCCCCCAGUCAGUGCUUCUGCUCAGCCCAGAUGGAGUGUUUCUGUGAUUCACAUCAGUGUUCUUGUGCCUUGUCUGUACUGACUUGUAUCACAUACAUACUGUUACAGCCACAGGCCUCUAGGUGUGUGUGUGUGUGUGUGUGUGUGUGUGUGUGUGUGUGUGUGUGUGUGUGUGUGUGUGUGUGUGUGUGUGUGUGUGUGUGUGCCCAGGCUGGGCUCUAGUCUUCUACCGUUGCUAUGCACUGUACAUGUAUGUUUUGUAGCCAGCUGUCGUUGUAUGAUACAUGACACAGUAGUUGGCUACAGAACAUGCAGUAUGUCUGUAGUACGAGACCCACAUUGGCAUGACAACUAGUCCACUUUUCACGGUUCUGGAUCCUGUGUAAAUCCACAUCAACUGAGUUUUGGUUGCGUUAUUGGUUGCGUUACUUCCCCAUCCAAAAGGGAUUCUUUUCAUUUACAUUAGCUCUAUAUUCGAACAUUAGCAAUGUAGAAAACAACAACAAAAACAGUUGACUCACAGUUGUUACUUCUUUUUUUAGUUUUAAAUGCAUUAUUUGAGUUUUUAUUUUAAACAUUUUAUUAUGAAGGCUUUGUUUGUGUAAAUAGUGUAACUUCUACAGUAUAUCUCUAGAACUAAUCCCACCACACUUCCUCUAAUGCCCUGUAUGUAUGAUGAUGCCAUGCUUUGCUUGGUUAAUGUGUAUCUAAAACAUGAUCCAUGGGUCUUGUAAAUAGCAGUGGAGGGUGAAAGCCCACUAAUGUUAAUUCAGGUGGGCACCACUGGAAUUCUACUGCAGCCAUGUUUCAAUAUCCACAUUAGCGUAUUGAUUCUGAUGAAGCAAUAGCAUGCAUUGUAAAUAGUAUACUAGUAUGGUUAAUGAAACACACACAGACUGUGUGUAUGAAAUAGAAAGUAGUAGAUUAGAGGUGGAUGAAGUGGAGGAGACCGGUGAAGACCUCUCGGAGUUGUGUCCUUACGCCUCUCUGUGUUGUGGCAGGUGUAACCUCACACAUGGGGACAGCAGCCACAUGCGAGACAGGACGUAAAGUGAAACCCACCCCGUACAUUACCCCGAAGUGGAAAAACCUGUCAGCUCUCUCGAAGCCCAGGGAACUGUGUGUUGGUGUGUGUCUUUACUGUCUGGAUUUGUCCCCAAUAUAGUAUUUUAGUAGACCCCCAACUGCUGACAAACUACAGAGCCAUUAGGGAGGUAGUCAUGUUGUACAGUCCCUCUCAUCUCAGAAAACGAAUAAGUACUACUAACAUGGUAUUAACUGUAGCUUUUAAAACUAGUGUACUAAUAUUGUAUGAAGAUUUUUAUUUGGUGGUUUGUUUGCACAUUGUGUGAUCAUACCUGGUUUUAUUUUUGUGCUGUAUUUUUAAAUAAUAAAGGACACAAAAUGAAAGAAA